UAAACCUUCGUCAGACUGCCGAAGUAAAAGGGCGUUUGUUAGACGAUACGAUUGAUCAUGAAUUCGUGGAAUCGAAUCGGACGAAUCGCAGGCAGUCUUCGCGCUUGAACCCCAACACACCCUAUAUAUCGGGGGGAGGGGGAGGAGAAUGUACACCUGGACGCAGGCGCAUCUGCAAAAUCAACCCCUCGGUCACCCGUGUAACGCGUCGGCGUCACGACGCCGGCGCAGACGACCGGAUCGAUCCCGCGUUCGCUUUCCUUUGCAUUCCACGAGCUCUGCUCGCAAGCCAAAGCCGAGGAGCGAGAGAGCGAGCGAGACGGAAGGAGAACGCGACGCGGGUGCGGGGGUGUCGCGGCGACGGUGAAGACGACAAAGACGACGAGCGACGGCCACGUCGCUGCGUCGCCGCGCGUUCUACCACAUCGCCGAGGCGUACGCCGUCGUUCCUACGAUGUAACAGACCACGAAGAGGUUGCUGCCUGGCUCUCCAUCGCGACCGGAACGCGCCUCUCAACAUCGUCAGCCGCGCCGUCGAUCGGGAAAUACGCCGUAUCCGGAACAUGACGACGUGAACUAACGCGAGAGAGAUCGAUCGACGACCAGCUGUGACAUUAGUCCGGAACAACACCAUGGAGUAUCGGUACGGCAGCACGAGAUGGGAGGACGACUCGUUGGAGAACGAGAAGGGCACUGGCCUUGCGGGCGAUCAGCGGGGCUCAUCGAGACGCGGUACGUCGCAUACGCGCGGCACCGCGAUGUCCUUUGGAUUCCGGCGAAGACCCGCCAGCGGGAUCCCGAUGCCGAUCACGAGUUACGCCGGCAACGAGUCGAACCUAUUGCAUCCGCGAUCAAAGUCGGCUGGGCCGGAGCAAGAUCGCAGGCGGAACGAUGACAACAGCAACUCGUCGUCCGGCCGGUCAACACCGCGACUAGCGCCACCUAAGAAAGAUUCAAGUGGCAUCGGCGUCAGGACAAAUCGGUUCGGGUAUCGACAGCCGCAGAAAUUCACGAACAAGGUCGGCGACAUCUGCAGCAGCCACAAUAUCAGCCACUACAAUCAGGAGAAGCAGCAGCAACAACAACAACAACAACAACAUCAUCAGCAACAGCAAUCAGAAAACCACUUAGCUAAGCAAUCCAACAGAGUCCUGCACGUGUACAACGCGACGCCGGCGCCGAACGUUCGCUCGUCGCCGUCAAACAACGCGGCUUACAGCAGCAAUUCAACCAGCAAUCCAGCGGAUACAAAUAGGCGAGUCUCGGGAAUUCCGGAGCCUGUCAGCAGGUACACUCUGCACACGAGCCACCUGCCAUUACCCCAAUACGCCAUGAGAAUGAACGACUCGAAUUCGAAAAUUGCCAAGACAGUAGCGAAUCAGAACAAGAAAAUAUCCACGUCGACAUAUAAAGGCUCGGCCAGUUCCAAGGAGGGCUCGAUGACUGAGGAUUCGGGUGUCAGUAGUCAAGCAGCCUGUCUUGAAGACGACAGAAUCAGAUCGGUGGAUUACGUGGACGGUGACUUCGUGAGGAGACGCGGCGUCGGCAGACCGAGAAACCUGCGGAUGGUGGUGAGCGGCAAUAGCUUUGACGUGAGAGACGUCCGGGACGACGACAGCACGGUCACGGAAAUCUCCGUGAUCCCGCUGCCCAAGUCCUUCGCCAGCGCUAACCUGAACACCGGCUUCGUACGCGAGAGAGCCACGCAAUACCAGCGGAUCGUGAGCAAAGACAACAGGUACACCGAGUCGACCACGUCUAUGUCCACCACGUCUUCGGAAGGCUACGACGAGGGUUGUCUGAGCGAGGAGAAGGUCUACAUGGAUCGCUCGCACUCGGAGAAAAUCCCCUCCAUCAAGUCGGACUUCAGUCCGCCCAGUUCCGACGACCCCGAGUACGGUCACGGUGAGGCGAUGGCGGAUGAGUAUUCGUUGAGCUCGAGCGACGACUAUCAGCGUUUUGGCACCUCACAGCACGCGCAAGCCGCAGCGGUCACGACCGCGACCAAGACCGGCGGCGUGACUUCCAAAAACGCGUUGCGCUCGGUGCUGCUCACCAUCGAGGAUCCGGCAUUCGCUGCCGCCGCCGCCAUCACGACCACUUUGAUAGACGACGAGACUUCCCCGGUCGACAGUCUGUUCGACAGUCCCACGGCCAGCAUCACCCAAUCGGACGGGAAAGUCUCCAAGAAGGACGAGCAUGUCCUAGAACGCUCGGACAACACUCUGGAGGACGACAGUCCUGGCACUCCGACGAAUGCCUCCAACUCGUUGAGCCUGUCGGAGGGUAGGGAGUUCUUUGACGAUGAGAUCGCGGAUCAGCCCGGAUUGAUCUUCGACGACAACUCGAGGGCGAGAAUCGAGACGCAGUCCGCUAUGGGGAAUCAAAUAAUCACCGAGAAUAGCCACACUCUGGUCGAGACGAAUUCCAAGACGAGUGGUGCGCACAUAAAGGGCGUAGCGAAUAGUCCCCACCAUGCGCGAAUACAUCGAGCCGGGAGCGUGGACACCUUAUCUCCUUGCGAAUCUAUCGCCUCGGACGACCUAAUGUUAGAUUACAGCGACACGAGUUCCUACGAAGAACAACAGCGGUUAAGUUCCAAUACGGCGUUGCACGAGCUGGACGACGCCACUAUAAUAUCGGAACUGGAGGCACAGGGCGAGGAAAUGGUGAGGCAGUGGAGUUCGUUGCUGAGCACCGCGCAUAUGCAGGAACACGCAAAUUUCAAUUCCACCAACAACAACUUGAACGGUGGAGGCAGCAACAACAACAAUCAGGCCGCCGUCGAAUCUGGAAUCGCCAGCGACAGGAUGAGGUUCCUGCGCAACCGAUCCGGAACGGAGUCGCCGCGCUCGUUGGACAGCAUGCGCAAUCGUCAAGUUUCUAGUCCUUUGAGGAGAACGGGAGACCUGCAAUCCCCGUGUCUGGAUUCCGGUGACGAAGCGAGCCUGAAGAUAGACCGCGCAACGUAUCAGCACAUGUUCCAGGACAUCGUCUCUCUGAAGACGAUGCUGCUGAAACUCAAACGAGUUCUUCAGGAGUCAGGAGAGAACGAUUUGACGAGGGCAGACACUCUCAACCCAUUCGAUAAUUCUGUGAAGAAUGGCCUCUUCUGUAGCCUGAACCUGAAUCUGAACGAGAGUGGUGAAACUAUCGACGUGAGCACGUCACCGGGUAGCGGUGGCAGCAGUAUCGCGGACGAAUUAGCGGAUCUGAGAAGACAAGUGAUCUUUCUUCAGGGUCAAGUGGAGGACCGGGAUCGCACCAUACAACAGCUUCAGGUUCAAUGUUCGAAGCUGCAAGGACCUACGAACGGCGACGCGCAAAAUUGCAUCGUAGUAACGCGCAACAACAACACGCUCUGCGUAGACACGUGUAACGCCGCCACGCAAACGGAGAAGAUACGUCCAGUAUCGGCGGGGCCCUCGCUCCUACAGUCACUCCCACAGGAUGGAAGCAUGGGGCCUCUCGUCAGCUGGAGUGACUCGUGGGACCGUCAGCGACCCUCGCUGCUCACUGAGCUUAACUCCGCUGGAAGCCAUCGCAAGCCAACUGAACGUUUACCUCAUACAUUAAAACUUCGUCAAGAACAGACGUCACGUCGCAACAACAUGCACGCGAGAAGACACUCGUCGGAGAGUGUGCCCAAUUCGCUGAAAUCAAAGGACUGUGCUAAACUAUGUGACCCAAAUGACGCGGAGCAAGGUGACGUCAAGGUAGAAGGAAAUACGAUCAAGUCCCUUAUUCCGACGUCCAGGAAGCUACGGCUUUAACGACGGAACUCGGCUACAUUAAUAUUCUCUGUAUAGCAACAUUUCUCACGUUCCAGACGUUCGAAUCUUCGAAAAAGAGAGAUCUCUUCUCUGCGAGGAGAAUUCAUCGCGGGCGAAUUGCCCGGUCCGCUUGUAAGCGCUAUGACACUUUUUCCGGCAAAUCUUGUCACGAUCGAAAAUGUGAAAAUUAUUUUAACGAGUUGCAACUUGCAACUAUUACUUGAUAUUCGUUGAAUAUAUAUCCGAUUGUUGCAGCAACCGUCGGAUAGAUUCGGUUUCGAGGGCUUCGACCGAUUCGGACGUCCGUACACAAAGCGAUCUCUCGUUUCGUCUAUUUCUCGCUCGUAUUUAGUUUUGUUUGUGUUCUACAAAGUUCACGUUCCUCGUGGCGCGUAGCGGGAACGUUACGCGCUCGUCUGAUAUAAUUUGCCGUGUACUUAUGCGACAUCGCGGAGAAUAUCGCGCGAAGUCAUCUAUUCCUGAACGGAUAUUUCGGGCGACGGCGUAAUUCGUCGCGCCGCUGCGAGUAUACUCUUCGUUAAUAUUAACGUUCAAGUUGACUUCCUCGUCCAAACGUGAUCUCAAGCGCAAGAAUUGAAAAACGAUAUAUGACAUUGCAAAAGUUACAGUGUAAUUUAUUUGUCCGGCAAAUUGGUUCCACGUCGGAAACGUGGACGGAAAUCGAGGUUUUCCAUUGCGCUUUAAUUGAAAUCGAAUUUUUAAUUGCAGAUAUUUAUUUACGCGAAAAAAUUUUUGUAGUAUAAUUUAUUGUAAAUACAAGUCCAAAAGUGUGUUGAUUUUAGUAUAAUGUACGAUUGCAAUCAUGGAGAAUAAGCGAUAUUUCGGUGAGGAAAAUUUUUCUUAAAUAUGUGUGUAUAUAUAUAUAUAUAUUCUCUUCAUAUAUAUAUAUACAUAUAUAUGUAUAUAUUUAUUUUUUUUCGUUAGACACAUAUUUUAACGUAUUUUAACGUUUCGCAAUUUGUGUUUUGUUCAUUUUUGUUUCGACAAUUUGUACUAUACGUAUUGAAAUCUGCUUUUCGAGGAGAGAAGUUUUCUAAAUACACGUUACUUGUUAUCGCAGAUUCAUCGAUUACAUUUUCUCUGAUUGUUUAUGUUGCUCACUGUGAUCAAUCCAAGAAGCAAUUCGACUUGACUCAUUUAAUUAUCGUUUAUAAUAUAUAAGGACACGUUCGUGUUGUAAUUCGUUCGUCCGCGUUUACUUAAAUACCAAGGAGUGCAUUUAAGUAAUUCCGGCUGCAAGCAAGCUGCAGCUGUGCGGCUUCGGUUCGUACAUAUGUCUCACGACCAGCAGAAAGAAGGAGUGUGUACGAUCGUAAAUUAGUGAAGUCAGGGUACUAUGUAAAUUCCAUACGUCAUUUUAAUUUAUUGCGUGCAGUAUAUGCUUGGUGCUAGUGAGUUCGCAUUCUGUUGUAUGAUAUUUAGGCUCUCCUGCCUUCCGCGAAGCAUUCCUCUAUUUGCAUUUAUUUCAUGCACUCCAAUAGCGCUAGUAGCGUCAAAGCGGUACGCGAAAACGUGAUCAAGUACAUUUUCACGUGAAAUUUCUACGCUCAGAUCGGGACGAAUCUGAAAAAAAAAAAGAAAGAAAAAUAGCCCGUCCAGACUAAAGAAAGUGUGUGUUUAGCGGUUUAUUUUAUAUUUUCUUGUCCUCUCCACAGGACGCGACAAUAAUUAUUCUUACAGUCCAAAAGGAGUAUAAAGGGGACUUUGCGUUUUCUUUCUAUUACUUUCUGUGUCAUAGAACGAUGGGUAAAGAAUAACGAUUUUUAAUAUGCACUUGUAACGUAUGUAAAAUAAAUGCUAAUGCAUUUUCCAUGCAAACGAACGCAUAUUUAUCCUAAGUAGAGGUGCCAGCUGUUAUAUCAACCGUGACAAAUUGACAGUAGAUUCAGUCGAAAUAUCGCGGCAAAUUUGGCACCAUUGUCGUUAAGUUGUUUGUGUUCUAUCGGCGCAGCCUGCUGACAUAACCGGACAACAGUUUAACGGCAGAAACCGAGGAGUGUCGAGCAGUGUGUAUUUGAUUUAAAUGCAUUCAGGCUGGAUUGUGAAACGGCAAAUAUUACUCGGCUAUGGUCGCCAAUCUGCUGUUGUAAUCUGUUAACAAAUCCUGUUAUAUUUUCGCAAGUGAGAGCUGCCGGCAAAAUUUGUAGCGGACUCUUUGCAAAAUCUGUCUCAAUAGAUACUUAGCUGUUCGGAUAUAAAUGUAUUAGUGGUUAUUAAAUACAAUGCAUUUUUGCAAAUACGUAUUCGAAAUCGUUAUUUGUUAUUCGCGAAUUUCUUGUCCCACACUAGCGUGAUGAUAUAGAUUGAUAAUGCGUGUAACACAUACUAAUUUGGAGUGAAUGGUAACGGAAUGCGACGGAUGUCAGGAGAGAAACUAGAUAUUAUAUGAUUAUUGUAUAUUCAUUUGUCUAUACUCUAAUUUAUGCGGUGAUAGUAUGAGAAAAUUAAAACAGUGAGAGAAUGAAAGAAUAAGAGAGAAGAUGGAGAGAGAAAGUGAUAGAGUGAGAAUCUCGUUAAUUUUUUAAGAAAUAUAUAAUAAAAAUGUGGACUAGGGAAAUAUUAGUUUUAGCAGAGAGCUACACAAGAUGCAGUCGAAUAUUUAAUGGACUGUGUUGAGCAAUUAAAAAUCCGCUUAUUAUCAAUAACGAACACGAAAUCGAUAGAUCUGAUGAUAAUAAAAACUUACAGUGACAGUCUCAUCAUUAUUAUCGACUAUUGAUGUUAAUCAUCACGGCUGUCGACUGUCACCUUUUUCCAGUGAAAAAAAUCGAUCGAAUCUACAUUCUUGUCGUAUCGUGUUAAAAAUUAUGGCAAAUAAAGAGCAUGUGUAACAUAGCGAUUACACUCA